UCGCAUGCUUUCUCCUGGAGACGCUGCCUUUGGAUUUUGCUGUGCAGUGGUUAUCUUACUGCAAAGUAUCUGUCAUUGUGGCUACAGCUCGCUUUGUCCAGAGCACCGCGCUGUGCACGAAUUCAGCCUCGAGAUCCAGAGCGCAAACCGAACAGCAGCUUGUGCGAGAACUGGUUCUAUAUCCAGCGUUCUCACUUCAUGCCCGAAAUGCUGACGGCAAGCUUUAAACACAGGCAAGAAAGGAAAAUGUAGGGAUGUUUGCUGCACUCUGUUGGGGCUGCUCUCUUGGGGUAUUGCUGCAGACCCUUCCUCUUCUCCAAACCCCUCGCCCUGCAUCGCGUUCCGACACCAAUGCCUAUUCUUUCUCUACUCUUCCAAAAUUCCCAGAGCUAUUAUUAACUAGGUCACGGGAGCUGGUCCCAAUCCAGCAGUUUAUCUAAUUGCCUUUUUAUAGUAUAUUGUGCAACUCUUUAUUAUCCUGUCAGCAGAGCCGGAGGGGAAUAGGGAGGCAGAGCUGGAUGGAGCUCACUGCUGCGCAGCCACUCGUGGUCGAGAGCAGAAGAUAAGCUCGAGCAUCUCUGCAAAGAUGGGAACGGCCUGGGCAAUAAACCCAGGAGGAACUUUUAGCAACGGCUAGGGGCAAGGUGAACCGCUUCCGACUCCUGCGAUCGCAUCUGUGGGCGCACUGCGAUGGAGAAGAGGCUUGCGCUGCCCGUUUGGUGAGAGCACCCGGCUGCUGACAUCCCCGCCAUCCCCUCCAGGCUGCUGAAACCCCCCUCAGAUCCCCUCUAGGCUCUCUCCUCCAUCCCUCCAGCGAGGAGCAGGGCGGCUGGCCCGCACCUCCCCGCAGCGGUUGUCAUGCCCCUGCGCACCCCGGUGCGGAGCCGCCCGCACUGCGCUGGGACGCGGAGGUAGCGGCUCGGAGCAUCGUCCCCUCCAGCAGCCACCCCUGAGUCCCCACCGCCCGCCUCGUCGGGUCUUUCUCCAUCCCUGAGGAUUCUUGAGUUAUCCCACCAGCCACCAUGGCCACCCUCCUGCGCAGCAAGCUUUCCAACGUGGCCACCUCGGUGUCCAACAAAUCUCAGGCGAAGAUGAGCGGAAUGUUCGCCAGGAUGGGCUUCCAGGCGGCCACCGACGAGGAGGCGGUGGGGUUCGCCCACUGCGAUGACCUGGACAUGGAGCAUCGGCAAGGGUUGCAGAUGGACAUCCUCAAGUCCGAGGGUAGCGAAGAGGGAGGAGAGCCACCCUUGGAAGGAGAUAUCCACUACCAACGGGAUGGCACCGGGCCCCUGCCACCCUCAGCCUCCAAGGAGGCAGGAGUCUGCUCGGAGCUCUCCGGGCAAGGCAAACCCAAGAUCACGGCCUGGGAGGCAGGAUGGAAUGUCACCAACGCCAUCCAGGGGAUGUUUGUUCUGGGCCUGCCCUAUGCCAUCCUUCAUGGUGGAUACCUAGGACUCUUUUUAAUCAUUUUCGCUGCAGUGGUUUGCUGCUACACUGGGAAAAUCCUUAUUGCCUGUCUUUACGAAGAGAAUGAGGAUGGGGAGAUAGUCAGGGUGAGAGACUCCUACGUGGACAUAGCAAAUGCAUGCUGCGCACCCCGCUUCCCCACCCUCGGAGGCAGAAUUGUGAACGUGGCUCAGAUCAUUGAACUGGUCAUGACCUGCAUCCUCUAUGUGGUAGUCAGUGGGAACCUGAUGUACAACAGCUUCCCCAACCUGCCCGUCUCCCAGAAGUCGUGGUCCAUCAUUGCCACAGCAGUGCUCCUGCCUUGCGCGUUCUUGAAGAACCUCAAGGCAGUCUCCAAGUUCAGCUUGCUCUGCACGUUAGCUCACUUUGUGAUUAACAUCUUGGUGAUUGCCUACUGCCUCUCCAGAGCACGUGACUGGGCCUGGGACAAAGUCAAAUUCUAUAUUGAUGUAAAGAAGUUUCCCAUCUCCAUCGGCAUCAUUGUCUUCAGCUACACCUCUCAGAUCUUUCUGCCUUCCUUGGAGGGGAACAUGCAGAACCCCAAGGAGUUUCAUUGCAUGAUGAACUGGACUCACAUAGCAGCUUGCAUCCUUAAGGGACUCUUUGCUUUGGUCGCUUAUCUGACCUGGGCUGAUGAGACCAAGGAAGUCAUUACAGACAACUUGCCGUCCACCAUUAGGGCAGUGGUCAACAUUUUCUUGGUGGCCAAAGCCUUGCUCUCGUACCCUUUGCCAUUCUUUGCUGCUGUGGAAGUCCUGGAGCGGUCUCUUUUCCAAGAUGGAAACAGGGCAUUCUUCCCCAACUGCUAUGGGGGUGAUGGGCGGCUCAAAUCCUGGGGACUCACCCUCAGGUGUGCCCUGGUAGUUUUCACCCUGCUCAUGGCAAUCUAUGUCCCACAUUUUGCCCUCUUGAUGGGUCUCACUGGGAGCCUCACAGGCGCAGGGCUCUGUUUCCUGCUCCCCAGUCUUUUCCACCUCAAACUCUUGUGGAGGAAGCUCUUGUGGCACCAUGUCUUCUUUGAUGUUGCCAUUUUCGUUAUAGGUGGUAUCUGCAGUGUCUCUGGGUUCAUUCACUCUUUAGAAGGCCUCAUAGAGGCCUUCAGAACCAACGCUGAAGACUAAGGAGGGGGCAGUCGGUUGCAGUGAGAGAAUUGCAUCGAACAUCUGCAUAGCCAAACAAUUCUGCAUCCCUUUAAUGGAAAGAGUCAUUAUUUUCGUUACGUGCAUCCAAAAAUUCUAUGUCAUAGAAUCUGCAAAUUAAAGGAAAUAAGAAGAGGAGAAAGCUUUCACCCUGCUGUCUUUUUAACUAAGCUAAGAUUUAAAUAUAUUUUUUUGUUAUUUGGAAUUUCUUGAAGGAAAUUAUCCAGUGCCCCACCCCUACCUCCUCACUCGUUGCCUGAAGCUUGGCCCCCCACAAAUGACCUGUUGGGAAACAGUCGCAGUUUUCAAUACUCUUUACAGAUAUGCAAUUCAGUGUUUCAGGAGCUGAAACACAGGUGCCGAUCCCAUGGGAUUGGGCUACUGCGCUCACAGACAGAAGCAAACCAGCCCUGGGUGCUGGGAGCAGGGACUUUUGGUUUACACUGUGUGAGAUGGAUGUAGAUGAGACCUAGAUUGUACGACCAGCCCAACAAGUCCAAGCAGUGGCUGAUGACCAGCGAUGCCAGUUGCCUGCAAUGUUUACACCGUAGUCACAUAGAUGUCAGGACUGCUUAUCUCUUCCAUCUGAAUUCACACCGAGGAAUGGCGCUUCCCAUCAACUACAAUAUUUUGCCUCUGGUUGAAAUCGCAAAGCUGGAGUCCACUUCUCGGUGAAUUUUGUUUCGUUUCGUUUUAACAAUUGUUAUUUCUAAAUUAUGAAAAGUUUAAAAAAAAAAAUAAUGAAUAUAUUGUUGGAUUUGACGUUGUUCAGGAUACAAGAACAAAACUACGACACAAUUCAUUCUGUGCAAUCUACCAGAUCCGUGGAGCUGUUUCCAAUGUAUGUGUGGUGUCAUUGUGGUAACUAAGAUGAAAAAUGUAUAUCAGAAAAAAAAAAUCUAUCUUUAACAUAUAAUGUGGUACAUAAAUAUAUCAAACAAUAAAGAGAAAACA